AUGUCUAACAACUCACACCUGGGCAAUAACACUACCCCUUCUAUGAGACAGUCACUAUUUUCUCCUCACGUCACCCCUAUUCCCUUCUCACCUUUUCCGCAUGAGCCACAGCUCUGUUCGUGCGACCCAUGUGUCACACUCAGGCUAUCUCGACGUAUGGAUCUAAGAUAUUCUCACUCAGAAGUCGCCGGGGGCAAUGUAGCCGCAAAUAUCCGACAAGAGCGCCAUGAGAUCAGAACCUCCAGAAGAAGUAGCACGAGAAGAUCGGACUCGGAGUCCCGAACGACAUACCAAUUGCCACCGCUAGCCGUACCACAGCACCUCCAUCCGGGGAUGGCUUACCCGGAGAUUUACGUCUAUCCCGGCAAAUCACAUCAUAUCACGUUUCCAGUGGUCAACUACAGCUCAGCCUAUCAGGCUCAGAAUCGCUCAUCCGGGCCAGGGUGCUACCUGGCCAUCUCGCCGCAGUGCGCGAAGCCGGCAGACUUCGAGGCAGCGCUAACACCACCGGGUUCCGGGCUUGUUGUCGUAGCGCGGUUAUCCAAGACGCAAAGAACGGCACCUCUAGGCGUGUUUCGAGACGCUACAGAGCUUCGCAAAGACUCGAUUCAGCUGGAAGUCUGGGACGAAGAUGCUAUUAAGAUCCCCGAGAAGAAGGGUCACGGAGCGGAAGUUGAAACCGACGUUCCCGACGGCGCUGAAGCUGGGACGUCAAAGAAGAAAAAGAAAGCUGCGAAUCCAGUACAGACGAAGUAA